AUGGCUGCCGUCUCCCUCUUCACUCUUGCUGCUCUUGCCGCUGCGGCUAACGCCCAGUCCUUGAACGUUGUCAACAAAUGUACCGAGAGUGUCUUGCUCUCCACCCAGACCAGCUUCGGUACCAUCAACAACAAUGUUGUCGUCGCUGCAGGUGCUAGCUCUGACAUGGGCAUCAGCAGCAACUGGGAUGGUGCCGUCAACGUCGGUACCGGAUGCAACAGCGAUGGAUCCACUUGCACUACUGGUGGACCAACCUGGGAUGGUGCCACCCCCUACAGCAGAGCCGAGUUCAACUUUUACGCUGUUCCCGGAAGCGUGACCUACGAUAUCUCCUUGAUCUACGGUUACAACGUCGGAAUGGAGAUCUCUUCCUCCGACUCUAGCUGCAGCGCAUUUGCUUGCACCAUCUCCUCUGGCUGCCCCGUCCCCGGACCUGGAAGCGGCACUUGCUUCUCGCCCUGCUGCUCUUCCGCCUCUGCUUGCAGCGGCGGUGCUCUCCCCGCCAGCGGUGGUGGAUGCACCAGCAACGCUGGUCCUGGCCCCAACAGCCCCUUCUACUACAACACCUGCACCAACGCCUACGCCUUCCCCGACAACGACGGUGCUGCUGGAUACACCCCUGCUGACAACGUUGACUACACCUGUACCAACGCUGACAUUACCCUCACUCUCUGCCCCGGUACCACUUCCAACAUCCCCAAGUAA